GCAAAAUAAAUAAAAUAAAAAAUGCAUCCAAUCACAAUCCUGUGUGUUUCACCAUCAGAGCAAAACUAGCCAAUCUAAAUCCGCCAUGCUUCACACGUGACAUCAGAGUUACCCAAUCACAAUCUUGAAUAUGAGAGCGGUUAUUUACAUCUCUACCCAUAUUUCGAUGAAUCCCGCCUCCAGCGCUGUGAUUGGGUAACACCGACCCAUUUCUGCGCUCCGAUUGGAUGUUCGGGUUACAUCCUAAUCCUGAAUACGAGUGGAAUAAAAAUAACAACACGUCUGAAUUUGAAGCAGCGAGAUACUCGGUCCAGUCUGUCAAACUCCGGCAAGUGACAUUUUCUCUCAGUUUAAUAUCCCAGUGACACAACAAGAGCUUAAAGUUUAAAGGCAGCAGCGAUGCCCAGAAAAAAGACCAGAACAAAGAAGCAUAAGAAAGAAUGAAAGAAACGCAGAUCGUCAUCGUCCUCCGGCGAGGAUCAGGGGACAGAGGACAGAGAGAGACGCAGAAGCAGUCGCAGGGACAAAAACAAGCAUGUGAGCAGACUUGUUGUUACGACGCUUCUACUGAGUGCACAGAAACCAGUGAUAAUGAUUAUGAGAUGCAGAUAGUUGAGGAGCUGCAUCUGGCUCGCUCCAACAGACAGCUGCACGUGAAGGUGGAGAAGAGUUACGGAGAGCUGACCAGCAUGGACGUAGACCCGGCAGACGAGAGCGCCACCAUUGCACUCAGUCAGAAACAGCAGCAGGACCUCCUCAUUGUGCUCGACACCAAUGUUCUCCUCAGCCACCUGGACUUUGUGAGGAGGAUUAGAUCCCAUGGACUUGGAGCUCUGGGGUUCCCGACGCUGCUGGUUCCCUGGGUGGUUCUACAAGAGCUGGACUCGUUAAAAAGCAGGAAACUGUCAAAGGCCAGCUGUGGACUACAUCUACACCUCCCUGAAGAACCAGGAGCCGCGUCUCUGGAGCCAGUCCAUGCAGCAAGUGUCUCACGCUGACUGUGAGCUGCUGAUUUUGUGUGUUUUUUCAUUUGUUCUUUGUAUGAAUGCAUGCAGCAGCUCACCAGGUGAUGGCGCUGUUGGUUAACAUUGUUUCAGGCAGGCUGAACGUGGAGGAUAAUGACGAUCUAGUGCUGCAGUGCUGUCUCCACUACAAGACAUUGUAACUUUAGCUGAUAAAGUAUAGAGACAUUAAUGUGAGGAGAAACUGUACACAUUGAAAACACUUGGAGUAAUUUAUAAUGCGUUCAUUUGUUUAUUUAGGUCAAAUUUCAUCUAAAGAAAAGGCUGCAUGCAAUGCAUUUUAUAGCAACGAUAAGAACCUGUGCAGUAAAGCUCUGCUGAGCGGAGUCAAGGCCCUGAUUAAUGGGCGUUCCCUAAAGUGGUUCUCAUCCUAUUUAUAUAGGAAAACCUUUGCUGUGGAAUUAGUGAGCUCUAUUUCCUGCUCUCAGCCUAUCUCAUCUGGGGUUCCUCAAGGUUCUUGUCUUGGCCCUGUGCUGUUUUCUCUAUAUAUGCUCCCUUUGGGAUUAAACUCUCAAACACAGUGUAGCAUAUCAUUGUUAUGUAGACCAUACCCAGUUGUAUCUGCCUCUGAAAUGUAAUGAUAACUCCAAACUGUCAUGUAUCAGGAAACUCUGGACUCCAGUUCCCAUCAGCCACUGCACUACAUGUCACAUGACCACCUGCACCUGAUUCAUGUUUCUGUUAAUGAGCACUCGUGUGUAUAUAUAGCCACUGUCUGCACUAUUUCUCUGUCUUUCGUUGUAUUAGACUUCUGUGUUCCAUGCCAUAGUGGUUUGCCUAGUUGUCUUGGUGUCUUUGUUUUGUUGUGUAUUUGUUUAAUAAAUGUUCUUAUCUGCGA